AUGGCGACAAGUAUGUGCCUCAUGCUAGGCUUAACCAGUGCUUGUACCAUAGCUAACAAAACCAAGGACAGGAGCGCAUUCGAGAUCGGAUGCGCGGUGCUGGGUGAGUAUUUUCCCUACGACAUCUGCUCAGAGGACCCAAUUAACGUCAACAAUUAUAGUCGUCAUGAAGUAGGGGAUGACCUAGACUUUGGCUUUGUGAUUCCCAUCGCCACAGAACCGGAGCCAGAAGAGACAAUCGAGGAAGAGCUCCCAGAUGCUUCACCACUACCGCCACCUCCAACCACCAGCCGACCAACUCCUAACACAUCCGCCAAGCGAAUACACCUCGACCGCGAUGGCGUUGCGCAAUCCUCCCCGUCUAUGGGCCCCAGCCCCUCUCGUUCUCCCCGCCCUCCCCGGUCUGUAUACAGUAUACCCGACGGCACCAGUACCGAAAGAUCAGCCUCACUGCCACCACGUUCUCCAGCGUCUGUUCGAGCUCAGGGCUCUUCUCUUCGCCAUAUGACCCGCCCCCCAGCUUCGGAUGAAGUUGAAGAGGCUGAAAAUGAGGAGGACCACGACGUGACUAUGCACGACUCGCAACCCGAGCCAGAGGCCGUAGAGGAGGAUGUCGACAUGGAAGAUGCCCCUCCAGCACCAUACCCGCGAUCCGUUCAAAGAACCGCACAAAAGCAACGAGGUCCGCUCUCCUCUGUCAUUGCGGCGACAAAGCGGAUUACUAUCCACACUUCACCCGAGGAGCCAACGCCAACAGUGGAGGAGGUAGUCAUGGAAAGCCCGGCUGAUGCACCUGGCAGUGGGAAGCGGCAAAGGACUAUCUUGCUCGAUCGGAAUAGCCCAGUCGUGGGGUCGAGUACGUUAUUGCACAAGGUUUUGGAGGAUCUAGAUGAGACUACUCAGCAAAACCCUGGAGGUAUCCCGGCAAGUUCUUCACCAGUAGAAAGGAGGGUUAGAACGAGGAUACGAAAGAGCGCAGAGAUGAGGAAGAUGUCGGAGAGUAUGAGUAUGAGAGGGAGUACAAUGUCCGUGACGUCUCCUACGUCUUCGAGGGGCAAGAGGAGGAGUCCAAGGUUGAGGUCGAGCAGUGUUGUUGAAGGUGAGGAGAAUGCAGCUGAGGAUGUGGAUGUCCCGGAUGCCGUUGAGGAAGAGGAGCCAGAGGAAGAGGAGGAGGUGGUGGUGGAGGAGGAGGAGGAAGGAGAAAGGGAGCCUGAGGCGGAGGAGUCAGCUGUGCUUGGGGCAGAUGAUGAUGAUGUGGCCGAUGCGCCAGAACCAGAGCCGGAACUACCGGAGCCAAAACCAGAGGCCGUAGAGGAACCAGAGGAGAAAGAGGCUGAAGAGAUUGAAAACGGCGAAGGAGGGAGGCGGUGGCCAGUCCAGCACAGCAACAGCAGCCUGUCAAGAAAGGUACGGACAGGCAAACAACCACCUAAACCACAGCUUCCACAACACUCAUCGCCAGCACAACCUUCACCAGCGCAGCCUUCACCAGCGCAGCCUUCACCAGCGCAGCCCUCACCACGACAACCCUCCCCGCGACCACCAACACGCCGAUCACAGUCCAAAGUUCAAGAGAAGUCCAAGCCAAAACCAAAACAACAGGCCAAAAAGCCACCAGCAAAGAGGAAACCAAGAACCAACUCCGACGAUGCGGAGGGAAAAGACUUUGGAGAUAAAGUCUCCGGCUCCGUCCCCAUCACAGUCCAACGGUUCAGCAAGCCCCACAUCGACCCUGAAACCGAAGCUGACGACCUCGACGAUGAUGAAAUUCAAUUUUCUCACCGCGGUCCGGGCGUCCAUAUUCUCGAUGUGCUGUCCAAACUCUGCGACGAAAUGGCCGAGAAUUACAUGGGGAAACUCCGCGCAGCAGAGGAAGCGGCGGAGGAUGCCGCCACAAGAAGGGAGAAGAAGGUGAUGCUGAGAGCCUUGGAAGCCUUUCAUAGGGAGUUGAUGACCAAGCUUUUGGAUCACACUAUUGCCCUCGAUCAGCUUCAUGGCUUGCGCAAAAGGGUCAAGGCGGUGCAGAAGGAGAAGAUUGCGAUGAGGGAUGAGAUCAUGCGGGUUAGGGCGGAGAGGGAGCAGGUCGCGUUGAGGAUGGAUGCGAUCAGGAUGAAGCAUGAGGUGGAGAGCAGGGAGGCGUUGCGACACAUCUCUCUCUCGUCGGCCAUGCAUGAUAUUGAUCUUGCGGUGGAAAAGGCGCAAGCAGCACCAGAGCUGUCUGCCGCUGAGCAAAAGAAGGCCGAUCUCGCCAAUUUUGAACUACUGGUCAGCCGAGUAGCUGAUCAAGCCAGCUCGAAGAGCGAUGGUGGGGGCACGUUGAAGCAAAUCAAAGAGUUCAAUGCCUUUUUAGAAAGAGCGGCUGCGGCGAUGGAGAAAAGGAGGUAG